AUGGCAACAGGAGGUGGUCCCUUUGAAGAAGGCAUGAAUGAUCAGGACUUACCUAGCUGGAGCAAUGAGAGCCUUGAUGACCGGCUGAACAACACGGACUGGGGAAGUCAACAGAAGAAAGCAAACAGAUCUUCAGAAAAAAACAAGAAAAAGCUUGGUGGGGAAGCUGAAACAAGGCUUACUAAUGAUAUAUCUCCAGAAUCCUCACCUGGAAUGGGACGACGGAAAACCAGAACUCCUCAUAGUUUUCCUCAUGCUCGAUACAUGACACAGAUGUCUGUUCCAGAGCAGGCUGAGCUGGAAAGGCUUAAACAAAGAAUAAACUUCAGUGAUCUGGAUCAGAGAAGCAUUGGAAGUGAUUCUCAAGGCAGGGCAACAGCUGCUAACAACAAACGUCAACUUAAUGAAAACAAAAAACCCUUCAACUUCCUGUCACUGCAGAUAAACACUAACAAAAGCAAAGAUCCUGCCUCAGGUUCCCAAAAAAAGGAAAGUGGGGUAUCAGUGCAAUGUAAAGAGUUGUUUGGAGCUGCUCUAAGUAAGGAUUUCUUGCAAAAUUGUCAUGUCUCUGCUCAAGAAGAUGGAAGGGGAGAACCAGCUAUGGAUAGUAGCCAGAUUGUGAGCAGACUAGUUCAAAUUCGCGACUAUAUUGCUAAGGCCAGCUCCAUGCGGGAUGAUCUUGUAGAGAAAAAUGAAAGAUCGGCCAAUGUUGAGCGUUUAUCACACCUUAUAGAUCACCUUAAAGAGCAGGAGAAAUCCUAUCUGAAAUUUUUGCAAAAGAUGCUUGCUAGAGAAAAUGAGGAGGAUGAUGUUCGGACUAUAGAUUCAGCUGUGGGAUCUGGUUCUGUAGGUGAGAGCACAUCGCUAAACAUUGAUGUGCAGUCUGAGGCUUCAGAUACCACGGCUAGAGAUCCUCAACAGGAAGCUAAAGAGGAGUUGGAGAACUUGAAGAAGCAGCAUGAUUUAUUGAAAAGGAUGCUACAACAGCAGGAGCAAUUGAAGGCUCUUCAAGGAAGACAGGCAGCUCUUCUUGCUUUGCAGCAUAAAGCAGAGCAAGCAAUUGCUGUCAUGGAUGAUUCUG